AUGUCCUUAGAGGAACUCAUAGAUGCCCAACUACCAAACCACCGCAGACCCCAGGGGUUGCAAUUCACUUAUGGGACAGCUGGAUUCCGUAUGCAUGCAGAUAAAUUGGACUAUGUCAACUACACCGUGGGUAUCCUCGCGUCGCUCAGAUCCAAAUUCUUGCAUGGUCAAGCUGUUGGUGUGAUGAUUACUGCUUCGCAUAAUCCGCCGCAAGACAACGGUGUCAAAGUCGUUGACCCACGAGGCAGCAUGUUGGAGAGCCAAUGGGAACAGUACGCUACUAACUUGGCCAAUUCUACCGCGGAAGAGUUGGCUGCAAAUGUGAAGAAGUUGUGCAGUGAGUUAAAGAUUGAUCUCGGUGUCACGAGCCACGUUGUCAUUGCUCGAGACUCUAGGGAGAGCAGCGAGCGGUUGAACAAGGCUACCAUCGAUGGGUUUGAAAGCGUGCCCAAUACCCAGUUUGAAGAUUUCGGCUUGUUGACUACGCCGCAAUUGCAUUCGAUUACUCGCACUUUUAAUGAUUCCAAAUUUGGCGUGCCGGAUGAAGAAGCUUAUUACAGGAAAUUAGCCGCAGCGUUCAAGGAGAUUUUCCAAGCUUCUGGAUCAAAGAACAAAUUGGAUAUUACAAUCGAUGCAGCCAAUGGUGUCGGCGCACCAAAGAUCAGCGAGCUUUUUUCGAAAUACUUGGCGGAUGAAAUUGACGCCAAAGUCGUGAAUGGGGACUAUGAGAACCCGAGUCUAUUAAAUUUUGAAUGUGGUGCUGAUUUUGUCAAGACCAACCAGAAAUUACCUAAAAACGUCCAACCUGUCGCAGAGCAACUUUAUGCAUCGUUCGAUGGGGACGCCGACCGAUUAAUCUGCUACUACCAGACCUUGCAGGGACAAUUUGUCUUGCUAGACGGAGACAAAAUCGCCACGUUGAUUGCGUUAUUCUUGCAGCAAUUGUUCAAGAAGAUCGACGCUAGUAAAUUGUCAUUGAAUAUUGGUAUUGUUCAGACCGCGUAUGCAAAUGGGUCCUCGACGGAGUAUGUUGAAAAAGUUUUGCAAUUACCGGUGCGCUGCACGCCCACGGGAGUCAAGCACUUGCACCAUGAAGCUGAAAAAUUCGACAUUGGAGUUUAUUUUGAAGCAAAUGGACACGGUACCGUUGUAUUCAGCAGCGAGGCCGAACAAAAGAUACUUACCUAUGAAGGUGAAGGAGAGGAAGAAGAAAAACAGGCCGUUGCGGUGCUAAAAAGUUUCAGUUUAUUGAUUAACCAAACCGUAGGCGAUGCCAUUUCCGAUUUGCUCGUGGUGUUGGCCAUCCUUCCUUAUUUGCAGUUGUCGCCUGCGGAAUGGAACCACGCAUACACCGACUUGCCAAACAAAUUGACAAAAGUCAUUGUUCCCGAUCGAACAAUCUUCCAAACUACCAACGCCGAGAGAACAUUGGUCAAGCCUGAAGGUUUACAGGCCAAGAUUGACAAACUCGUGGCCCAGUACCCUAAAGGCAGAUCAUUUGUGCGAGCCUCGGGAACAGAAGAUGCAGUGCGUGUUUACGCCGAGGCCGACACCAGGGAAAACGUCGGUGCAUUGAACGCUGCUGUAUCCGAACUCGUCAAAUAG